CUAUAGCAACGGUUGUACAAACAAAGAAUUUGACGUCAGAGUCAUGAAGAAGUAAAUUUUAAAGUACUUACCUAUUAUCUAAAAAUCCACAGUUUUUUUUUAAACCAAUGGCAGGGUCUGAAAGCAGUGGGUGGGUGUUUGAUUCCCUUGUAGGGUUCUUACAUGGGCCGGUUUGGAAUGACCCGCUACAGUCUUUCAUAGAAGAGAAGUCCUUACCCUUCGAACCGGCAGAUAAUGGUGAAGUGCAACAUAGGCCAGAAUAUAAAAAGAUUCACGAAGAAUACAAAGACUUGGUAGACGUGAUGCUAAGCACGUUCAUGGAAGACAUCGGCAUCACGUCGGAGCAGUUCGAGAGCGCGUGCCGCAUGUCGGCGCGCGAUCUGGCGGGGCUGCCGGCGCACUUCCACCGCCGGCUCUUCGACCAGAUCUGGGCCGCCAACGACUACGACAUCUUCGUCAAGAUGAUGACGCACAAGAAUGUUGAGCUGCAGUUGCAGGCCCUGGAGCUGAUCGAGCGUCGGUUCGGCGCGCGGCCGGCACUGUUUUCCGACGACGCGGAGCCCAGCCCGCGCAGCGACGACAGCGGGGACUGGUCCGACCAGGUCAUGAAGGAGGUCAAGCAAUUAAGCCUGGAGGAGCCAUCUGACGAGAACCAAGUGGACGUCCCGCCGGAGAUGGUCGUCGAAGAAAAGCAGUCUCUGUUACUAAAACUGCAGAGCUUUGACAAAAACGAAGAACGUAAGGCCGAAGCGAAGAAACAGGAAGAAGCACAGACUGCCAUCGAGGAAUCUCCAGUGGAAGACGUUGAAGAGGCUGCAGACGAGAUAGUUGUGAAGCCACCAGCUGCUAAAGUGAAAGCGCCGCCGCCGCCAGUUCCGGUUGUGUUGCCAGUGUUGAAAAAAGUUGAGCUGGUGAGUGAGGACGAGGUGAGGGCGCGCCAGGAGUACCUGAAGCAGCAGCGGGACAAGCUGCUGGCGCUCAAGAAGCGCGUCCGCGAGCGCCGCCUCGGGGCCGCUCAGGAGGAGGAUGAGGGAGAUGCAGGAGGCGAGGGUGAGGCCUCGAAGCCGGCGCGGCCGCGGUCGGCGCGCGUGGCGGCGGCGGCGCUGGCGGGCUCGGCGCCCCGGCCGCCGCCCGACGCCAUGUCGCUGCGCCGCGCGCUCGCCACGCAACUCAAGACUGAGGUCGUGGACACGCAACACUGAUGUUUUGAAAAUGCUAUGGAUAUGGCCCCCUAUAUUCGAUCAAGUUAAUUUGGUCGGAAUAUCCACCUGUUUGAUAAUUUUAACAGAGUCCAUACAAAAAUCUUUUUCAUGUUUUUUUUCUGUGAUAUUACUUUUAUUAAGCCCCAGUUUCACCAUACUCUGUUAGAUCAUAACAUGGGAUUA